AUGUUUGUCGUGAAGUGUGAGGCGGCCGUCCUCUGGCAUCCCGCGGUGCACCACAGCCUGCUCCUGCUGCGCGCCUUGCGGCAGCGCCACACACUUGUGCUGGAACCCGCCCGCCCGACGACGACGACGACUCGGCCAGACACCUUUUGGCGUCUCUCGCACCCCGGCAGAUAUCUUGCCAUCCACGCACCGGGCACGAGCGGGGCGGCCUCCCGCGACGGGGCAGAGGCGGCGACGGAGGAGCCGCCACUGCCGCUGCUGCGCGCCCCCGAGGGGGGACUGCGCAGUGUGCACAGCCCGCAGCACAUUCUCUACUUCUUUGCCGCUGCCCCGGAAGGCGUAGAGCACCAGCGGCAACUCCAGGCGUACUUGGAUGCGGCGCUCGUCGCCGACCAUGUGCUGCGCGCCGUGGACGACGUCCUUCUGGCACGGAGCACGACCGAAAUGGAGGCGACGCGGCAGACGCACAGCCAGCUGAUAGAUCUCGUCACCCGCCUGGAGACCUCGCUGGAGAGCGACGGUGAUGACGUGCCGCGAGAGACGGAGCACUGGAGCACGUGGCCGCUCUUCACGACCUUGAAAUUUCUAGUGGAGGAGGCUGGGCUCUUGCUGGGCCCAUUUCCUCGGGUGGCGAGGGCUUACCACCAGCUGCAGGGCUCCAAGCCCGUUGUUGCGCACUCGCGGCUCGUCAACCGCACGGUGCAGUUGACGCUGAGCGGCGCGGGGUCGUCGGUUGUGCCGCCGCCUCCGUGGGCCCACCGUGGGUUUCUCCGCGAGGUCCAACGUCAGCUGGCGGACUACACGGCGGACCCCGCUGAGCGCAUGAUGGACGGUGUCUCGGGUGAGAAGGGGCCGCUGAAGGCGCGCGUGAGUGGCGCUCGCUUUGGACUGCAGCCCGUCUCCGCGCGCAUGCCGUGGACCAUGCAGCGCGCGCGGAUGGGCAAGCCCUAG